UCCGCCGCCGCCGCCUCCGCCUCCGCCUCGAUUUCGACUCCUUUCCUCUCCACUGCCCCUUCUUAUACGGGACGUUCAUGAGGCGCCCCCGCCCGGAUCCAGCCCCCCGCCGUUCUUCUACCAGUGCUGCUGAUGGCGCCCACGCCGCACUCCCGUGCCGCCCGAUGCCCGCUGCCACCGGUGGUCAACCAGCCGGAGGAAGGGUUGGGAAGAUGCAGAAAAGCAUGCGCAAGCGAAGAGGCAAGCACAUAGGUUGCUUUAACAAAAAGCAAAAUGCUAGCAGAACAAAACUUAUGCAACGACCUAUCCAUCCAGAUAUUACAUUUGAAGAUGGAUUUGGUAACUUGGUUAAAUCCUGUCAAAGUUCCUCGAGUGAACGCACCAAACAGAUUGAGUCAGAACUAUCAGAAAGUUUUGUCUCCCUUGCUUCAUUCGUUGAUGGUACGCAUGUGAUUAACUCUUUUGAAGAGGAAUUUGAGGAUAAUACCUGGAGCACACUCAGUGAAAAUGUUGCUUUAACUAUGUCUGAAUGUGUUGUCUCACUUGCUUCAUUCAAUGGAAAUUCAAGGUGUUUUGCUUGCACAGGCGUAUAUAUAAACUGUAAUCCCGUGAGAAUCCUUACUACAGCAAGUUUGGUUAAAACUUCUGGCGAUGGAAACAAGAUUGAUGAUAACUUGCGGAUUGAAGUGCACCUUAAUAAUAAACAACAUGUCACGGGGACAUUGAAACAUUAUGAUCUACGCUAUAAUGUUGCAGUUGUUGAGAUCAUGGGUUCCUACAGUUCUUGUGCAGUGGAUGUGGAAGAGCGUAUUUCUUUCACCCCUAAUAUUGAGGUUUUAGCUGUAGGGCGUCUCUUUGAACGUCCAAAAUUAAUGGCCUCAAGAGGGGUGUUAAUUGACAGAGAAAGCAAACUUGCUUGCGAAGAGCUUGGGAUUUCCACUUGUAAAAUCACCAAGGCUGGGAUUGGAGGGCCUCUUAUUGAUGCUUGUGGGAAUUUGAUUGGCAUGAAUUUCUUCCAUGAUGAAGAAACUCCAUACCUACCGAGGGAAAAAAUUCAGGAAGUCUUGGGAUAUUUUGAUGAACAAUGCAUGUCGAAUGACAGUUGGUCUGAACCAAGAGAUCGUUAUUAUAUACCAGCUUUCUACUCUAUACCGUAUGGUUUGUUCGGAGAUGAGUACUUUGAUAACAAAAAGGAUGCAUAUUCUCCGUCUCCGGUUUUGUGUUGAGACUAUUUGUUGGUUGUUGUCGCUCCACUCUAUGAAGUAUGGACCCGCUUGUUUUUUCUUUUUGCUUGUUAGUCCUUGUGAAGUCGAGACUGCUACAUAUUCUGAGGCAUUUGCACUUAAUUGUAGCCUAUGUGCUUAAAGAAUCCUAAGCUAAAUCCUUGUUUAGUUAUGUGUUCA